UAGCACCCAGAGGGCCUCAGGGAAACGACUAGGGCUGCAGGACCUAGGAAGAAGACGGCUCGGGAUUUGAAGGGGACGCGGUUAAUUAAGGUGGUGGCCGGGAGCUGCCCAGGACUGGAACAGAAGUUGGCCCAGAGAUUUAAAGGUUGGAGCGCCGAUGCUUUUAAAGCGACCGGGGCGAAUUCCCAUUCGGCGCCUACCUCCAAGCCAGCUGCCCCGCGCUGCGGGUGGGCUCUGGGUCUGACCUCCCAGCAACAUGGCAACCAGCGCCGUCCCCAGUGACAACCUCCCCACGUACAAGCUGGUGGUGGUGGGGGACGGGGGCGUGGGCAAGAGUGCCCUCACCAUCCAGUUUUUCCAGAAGAUCUUUGUGCCUGACUAUGACCCCACCAUUGAAGACUCCUACCUGAAACAUACAGAGAUUGACAAUCAAUGGGCCAUCUUGGACGUUCUGGACACAGCCGGGCAGGAGGAGUUCAGUGCCAUGCGGGAGCAGUACAUGCGCACCGGGGACGGCUUCCUCAUCGUCUACUCCGUCACCGACAAGGCCAGCUUCGAGCACGUGGACCGCUUCCACCAGCUCAUCCUGCGUGUCAAGGACAGGGAGUCAUUUCCCAUGAUCCUCGUGGCCAACAAGGUCGAUUUGAUGCAUCUGAGAAAAAUCACCAGGGAGCAAGGAAAAGAAAUGGCCAACAAACACAAUAUUCCGUACAUAGAAACCAGUGCCAAGGACCCGCCUCUCAAUGUGGACAAAGCCUUCCAUGACCUCGUUAGAGUAAUUAGGCAACAGAUUCCAGAAAAGAGCCAGAAGAAGAAGAAGAAAACCAAAUGGCGGGGAGACCGGGCCACUGGCACCCAUAAACUGCAGUGCGUGAUCUUGUGACGGCCUGAGUCCCUGGGCACAGUGACAGCGAACUUGCCAGCCCUCGGGACCCCUCCACUGCCUAACUGCACUGAAAACCAUUUCUAACCACAACCCUUGGCCUGAGGACUUGGCCCGGGAAGGGAGAGAGGAAGGGUGAGCUGGGAGCAGACAGGGCCUGGCUUUGCCAGAGGGCACGAGCUGUCUCAGAUCUCCCAUGAGACCAGGAAGCCACCUGUGAACAGAGCAGCCUUUAGCCCCUCACCGGUUGAUACACCCGGGUCCCCCCCUUCUCUUGGUGGGUGUGUUGUUCCUUUUAGCUACCUAGUGUUGGUUUGAUGUGGGCGUGUUUAUCCAUGUGCAACGUUCCAAACAAGCCAUGAUCCAGCUUCCCCCCGCCGCCUGACUCCAAGCCACAGUGUCUGAGCUCAGAUGUCUUUUGUAGAUUUUUAAAUUAUUUUAGUGAUGAUUAUUUUAUUUAGGGGGGGGGUCUGUGCCCACUGCCUGGUGGAAUCCCAGGUCUUCAGCAGACCUCACUGAUAACAUGGACAGGAUACUAUUGUUGUCUUCUUCAUUGAGUGCCAAACUCAACCCAGAAUGAGCAGAAUGGCCGAGAGGCCCGAAGUUAAUGGGAAUGGUAUGUAGCUGGGGGUAGUGGGGUAGGGGUCCUCAGGCCAUGGGUCAUACCCUGGAGGGAAAGCAGCCCCACUCAUUGCCUAGAAACUGAGGAGAAGAGAGAUGCAUUUACCCAGAGGGCUUUUGCUGAGGACGCAGAUAUCAGAAGACAAAAUUUAUCUCACCGAGAUGAGUGGCAGGUGCAAGCAUGUCGUUUCUGAAAGGAGAGUUUGUUAUUAUUGUCCUGAAAAAAUAUAAACUAAGGUGAGUGAGUGGCUUUGCACAAAAGUGCAUUUAUUUUCAGACAGCAUGGGUUCGGUUGUUCUCCCCAGGCCGGCGAGAGGCCCUGGGUUUCUCAGAUCUUCUCCUGCUCCUGUGCAUCACCUGUGCUGCCCAGGGUUUCUCUGAUACAAACUCACUGUCAUGUCCAAGGAAGCCCCUGUGGACUCCCUCCAGAAAACUCAAGGUCACACAGAAUCUUAACCACAAAAGAUUCAGUCUGGAUCUCCCUUAAACAUUACCAGGACCUGAAGCCAUUUCCCUGUGAGUCAACCGACCACCACCUCUGUUAAGCCCAGUUACUGAGCAAACCCCUUCCCUUCAAGGGUUAGCGGAUUCCUUGUCUCUUUGGCACACACUUUUAUUACCCUCUUGGAACUCGACAGUAAUACAAGAGCAGAGGAGAAAAGAAGGUAGGGCUCAUGAUGGGACUCCCAGGUAUCUGUUUCUGCAUGGGACAGUCCCCCCUGAGAAUGCCCACCUCCCUCUCGGGUGCUGCUUGUGGGAGCAAAGACGGGAUAUUUCCAGCCCUGGUUGGAGUGGAGGGGCAGCCAGAACAACGGUGCCCCCUCUCAGAGGAGGUCAGAAGAUGAGGUGGCUUGGUGAGUGACCUUCUUCCCCAGGUGUUACAAAUCAGAUCGCUGUGCAAAUAGAACAGUCCCCACAGGUGACCAGGCUGCUCUCUGGAGAAAUAAAGACAUGGAAGGAAAGUCAAGAACAGUGAGCCUCCAACCAGUUGACCAGACACCCGGAAUCUUCUCUGUUCAGAAAGUGUGCCGGGAUCCUCACUCGGCCAGAUCACCAGCACCAAGGGAUCAGCCAGAAGAAUGAUUCUGCUGCAGGGGGGAACCCGUGUUGGUUGGAAAUCAAACUUCCUUUUUGUCAAAAUGCACCCCUUCCCUUUAUUUUUUCCUGUUCCUACAAGAAAGGAUAAGAGAGAACAUUCCAGAUGAGGCAUUUCAGAGUUUCCAGGAUCCUAUAAUGUUAGCGAGUAUUUUAAACACUAAAAGGCCACGGCUCUUUCUAACCCUGAGGCUCCUCUGAGCCCGGUCUGCAGCAGGCACGUGAGUGGUUUUGUGUGUGGUUUCAUCUCCAGCUGCAUCCUCAAGAUGCAGAGCAAUGAGCACAGGGGUGCUUUGCAUUGGGAGUGGCAGAGGAGGACAGGAAGCCCUGCACACAGGGCAGCGGCCACUGCCAGAGAACUACCGAGCACCACCCACCACCAGCACACCCCCUGCCCACAGGGCGCUGCAGCUCUAACCGCACCCACUGGGGUGUCUCAUUGGAAGCAGACCUACAACAGGGCCCUGAGCCAUAAAGGUAACCAGAAGAGGGGUUUCCCCAUCCUGGUUCCCCUCACAUACAAACGGGGUGGUGUAUCUGCCACCAUCCCCAUCUUCCAGAGCAUCUAUCCUAAACUCAAGCCACAGCUGGACUCCACAGGGCCUAAGGAGACUCUGGUUAAGGGUUGGCCUCUGUUUUGGGACCAAUGGUGCGCUUUCUCCUAUGACCUCAUUUCCCCCUUUGGUUAGGUGGAUAGAUAACACCCCAUCUUUAGAAAUGGACCCUUGGAGAGAUGCUUCUCCAGCUACCCAGGUAGGCUGAAGUGGAGUGUAUCCAGGAACAUCCCUAGUAUAUCUCUGUCCCCACCUGACCUGGCAGGGUCAGUCUGGGGAACCUGAUAAUCAUGCUACUCCAUGACUGAGGGGCCUACGGGGCUUGUGGCUGGACCAUCGUCAUGUUCCCACAGCUUUUCCUGAGAGUAGUACUACCUGCACAUGCCCUAGAGCAUACCCUUCCUGAAAUCCCCUCAUCCCGUGGCUUAGUCCUUGUGUGCUCUCAGAUUUCCUCCUAUUCUGACACCCUCCUCAGAGGGUUCCAUUUCUCCCCAGAGGUAACCCAAGACCCAUCUUCCCCAUCCCCGCAGGCUGGGGCUGGGGCACACAGGGGACAUCUGGAUGGUUUAUCUUAGGACUUUGCUCACCACCUUCUCGUGGUACUUGAUAUGGAGGGUACCAUGAGACCUGGUGUGACCUGUCUCACUUCACCAGGAGACAUGAUCUACUAACAUGUGUCAGCUCUAACCCAAAGGCCCCUCUGACAGGUCCCAGUAAAUCCAGAGCCACAAACAGGUCCCCUCCAUUAGCAGCCCGUUGGGUUGGAAAUUCCAUGUCAGAUUUACUUAGAAGGAGAUACUUGAAUCGCUGAGUGCCGCUGGGUGCCCAGCUUCUGUUUCACAGUAUUAACAGGUGGCCGUUGUUGUGAAACGAGAGUGAAGCCUGAACAUCUCGAUGAUGCUUGAGCCUUUUAUGUAACUUUUUAUUAAGUCUUUGUGUAUCUUGACUCAUUAAUAAAGAAAUGAAGAGAU